UCACGUGCCCGUGUUAUAUCUGUUUGUGUCACGUGACGCGGCGGCCGCCAUGCUGUCCCGGCUGCUGAAGGAGCACCAGGCCCGCCAGAGCGAGCGGCGCGAGCUGCAGGAGCGGCGCCGCAGGGACGCCAUCGCGGCCGCCACCCGCCUCACCGAGGCCCUGGUGGAUCACCUGAACGUGGGGGUGGCCCAGGCCUACGUGAACCAGCGCAAGCUGGACCAGGAGGUGAAGACGCUGCAGGUGCAGGCGGCGCAGUUCGCCCGCCAGACCGGCCAGUGGAUCGCCAUGGUGGAGAGCUUCAACCAGGCCCUCAAGGAGAUCGGGGACGUGGAGAACUGGGCCAGGAGCAUCGAGCUGGACAUGAGGACCAUCGCCACCGCCCUCGAGUACGUCUACAAGGGGCAGCUGCAGCCCUCCUGCUCCUGAGGGACCCCCCCGGGACCCCCAAAACCCCCCCAGGACCCCCCAGACCCAAAUAACAGGGGGUCUCUCACCACGCUGCCCUUGGCACUGAGAGCAAUGGAAUAAAGGGAGAGUGUGGAAUAAA